UAGAUUCCACAGUUACUAGAUCAAUCACUAAUGACAUUAAGAUGCGCUACACUGCUCCAUGGAAAACUUGGUCAGAAAUACCUUUAAAGACAAAAGACGAGCUCUUCGGACUUUUUCGGAGUCGAUAUAUAUGGGAUGAGAGUGAAGAAGAUAUGGUUCGAAUUGCUUGGGAAAAAGUAGGUAAAGAAAGACUGCGAGACAUUCUUAAUAGAGUUAGGAGCGAAUUGUUGCGCAAGCACAAGAAGACAGAUGUUGCUUAUCUAUACAAUUUAGGACCAGAUUGGAUGGAGGCAGAGAUAUGGAAUGAACUUGUUGCAUAUUGGAGUACACCAGAGUGGAGAAAGAAAUCAGAAGCUGGUAAAGCAAAUAGAAAUAUAGAAAAAGAUGGGACUAUUACGAAACACUCUGGUGGUUCAAUAAAACUGGAGGUUCAUGAGAAUAGACUGGGAGCUUAUUUGAGUGCCAUUGCUGAGAAUGUGAAUGACAAUUGUGAGAGUCAGUCUACUUUUGAUUUGAAUAAGUGGAUUGAAAUUUCUGAAAGUAGUAAAGGGAGAGUUUAUGGUUUUGGAUCUUCUGAUAUUGCAAAAUCAGGAACUCCAACUACCUCUUUCUCAUGUACAUCAGCUCAUCUUGGAGGACAUUCUCAAACUAUGUUUUCUUUAGAGGAGGUUGAACAAAUGUUAGAGCAAAAUCGGAUUAAAAUGAAAGAAGGCAUGGAGCAAAUGCAAGAGCAAAUGCGAGUGUAG